AUGCAUAGCCGAUAUAUUCUUUGUCGUUUGAUAUCACGUACACACACUAUUCGUCUUUCCAGUACAUUAGUACUAGCUGAACAAUCAGAUAAGGGGACAUUAGCACCAAUCACAUUAAAUACUUUGACAGCUGCUAAACAAUUAAACAAUGAUGUACAUUGUAUAAUUAUUGGGCAAGAAAAAUGUUCGGAAGCCGCCGCAGAAUUACAAAAAUUUGAUACGAAUAUUAAAAAAAUAUUUGUAGCUGAAAACGCUUUAUUCAAAGGACUAUUACCCGAAGUUGUUACACCAUUUUUAUUGAAUUUACAAAAACAAAAUAAUUAUACACACAUUCUUAGUGGUGCAUCAACAUAUUCUAAGAGUGUUUUACCACGUUUAGCUGCUCUACUCGAUGUUCAACCCAUCACAGAUGUAACAAAAAUAAUUGAUAGUGAAAAAUUUACACGUAAUAUUUAUGCUGGUAAUGCAAUAUUAACAUUAAAAUCAAAUGAUAAAAUAAAAAUCAUGACUAUUCGAGGUACAGCAUUUGAAGUAGCUAAACCAAAUAAUAAUAAUGGUGCACAAAUUGAAAAAUUAUCAUCGUUUGAUAAUAUAAAAAAUGAUCAAUCGGAAUUUGUUUCACAAGAAUUACAAAAAUCAGAACGUCCAGAAUUAUCAGCAGCGCGUAUUGUUAUCAGUGGUGGUCGAGCAUUAAAAAGUAAAGAAAAUUUCAAAUUGUUAUUUGAUUUAGCAGAUCUAUUUCCGGGACAAGCAGCUGUUGGUGCAUCAAGAGCUGCUGUGGAUGCUGGAUAUUGUCCAAAUGAUAUGCAAAUUGGUCAAACGGGAAAAAUAGUUGCUCCCGAAUUGUACAUAGCAAUUGGUAUUAGUGGUGCAAUUCAACAUGUAGCUGGUAUGAAAGAUAGCAAAAUUAUUGUGGCUAUUAAUAAAGAUGGCGAUUGUCCAAUAUAUCAAAUAGCUGAUUAUAGUCUUGUUGGUGAUUUAUUUAAAAUUGUACCAGAGUUAACAGAACAAUUGAAGAAAAAAUAA